AUGUGUAGUUUUGAGAUCACAAUAUGCUCAGCCAAGGAUGCACAUUGGAUAAAGCUCGAUGCAAUUAACCUGUGUGCACGAGCACGGUCAACUUUCAUUCCCUGCAGCAUCUACUCAGCAGGCGAAGCAAAUCUUCGAAAACUUGCUCUUCGGAUGUAUCCUGAACCUUGCCGUAAAUGUCAUCCCAAUAUAGAGCAAGACGUAAAGGAAGCAAUGUCCACUCCUAUCGCGACAAUUCUCAGUGAUCAAGAGAUCGUUUCUCAAUCUCAGACGACGGUCAACGAUAUUGGCCAUGAAACAAGUAGAAAGCUCAGUUUGGAAGAUGGUCAUACUUCAGAUAAACCGUGUGAUAGGCGAGGUGGCUGA